AAACUCCCUCUGCAUAGGCCCCUACAACGGUUCAUUUCCACUGAAGGGUGUUGCUCCAUCAGCGUGAGGUCGUGGUCGAGUUGCGGUCUGAGCUACAGAAGGCGGAACCGGAACAUAAGGAUUUGACCAAGAAGUAUUCGGGGAGUGUCCAGGUCAAGUCAGGGCCUCCUUUGCCUUCGGUCAGGGGAGUCCUGGACGGGGGGCUCGACGCUCUGGUGGUCGACGUGAACUUCUUCUGCGUUGGUGAGAAGGAGAACGAGCUGUCUCCCGAAGAUCGUGCUGAGAUGGAAGCUCGCUCGAAGCAGCUUAAUGAAGGAGUUUGAUGUGCGCGGACUUGUGUGCUCAGGCGCAUCAGACAGCAUACCGCAUUCGGCAAGAACAUGAGGAGCAUGCUAAGAGGAUACCAUCGAGAGUUUCCUAGAGGCCCCGCGCAGGCAAGAACACGCCAGUUCCAGAAAACGCAGAUGUUGCUGGAGAUCAGGCCGACGGUGCUGGAGGUCGCCGCGCCGGGGCCGGCGUCGCGCGUGUUGCCGCCGAAGGCGUUCGGGGCUGGGGGCCGCGGCUGCUGGCAGCCCCCGCCAGCGGCGCUGUGGAGGAGCCUGCGAUUGCUUCAGCGGUUGCUGGCGUCGCUGCCACGGGAAAGGCGGCAGUCCGCGAUCCGGGACUUCUCCGGGCGUGUGCGAGGCG